AUGAAGCAAGAGAAGGCGAAACGACUGAUGAAUGAAGCAAUAGAUAUGAAUGGAAGCGACGAGGUGACGACAAUAAUAAGACGAUACGGGUUGUCAGACGUAUCAGAAAGGAGGGAAGGAUAUGCGCUAAUUAUAAGGGCACUGCUACGAGAAAAGGAAGAGGCGGUGGAGGCUCUCAUUAUGCAAAAUGCAACUAUAAAUGGACCAGAUCACGCAAACUCUAUAGUUUCAUUAUGCAGAAUUUUGAAAUAUUCAAACACGGAAUUAGCAUGGUUACUCAUAGCUCGAGGUGCAAAUAUCAAUGCAGAUAACGAUGACAGUGGAAAUCGACCGAUACAUCAACUCAUGAUCGCUGUUGGACAGGAGGCAGGAGCGAAUAGGACAAGGCUGGCAGAGAUAAUGGAAUAUAUGCUACAGAAUGGAGUCGAAAUAGAGGCAAGAAAUCGUGAAGGAGUAGCAGCUGCGCAUCUAGACGUACAACAAAAGUACAUGGGAAUAUUUGAAAUGUUUAUUGAACACGAUGUGAAUAUGGACAUUGAGGACGAAAAAAGAAGAACACCAUUAUUCUACGCGGUGGAAUAUGAACAAUCGGAAAAAGUAAAUGCAUUAUUAAAGCAAGGGGCUAGAGUGAAUCAGAGAUUGCCGUCGAAUGACACCGCUGUUCAUGAUAUUUAA